AGCACAGAGCCAGCUGAGCUCCGGGUCAGAGACCGAGCAGAUCGGAGAGUUUACACACCUCCGGAGAGAGGGGGAAAAGUUCGCGGCAGAUCAGCCUCCAUAAGCCGGCCUGAGAGAAGGGCUUCCUGCGUUGGACCUACUUUUGUCUGCGGACGGAUUUACUGCACCAACAUGACUGCUGAUAAGGAGAAGAAGAGGAACAGCUCGGAGCGCCGUAAGGAGAAGUCUCGCGAUGCGGCUCGCUGCCGGCGGAGCAAAGAGACCGAGGUGUUCUACGAGCUGGCCCACCAGCUGCCCCUCCCCCACAGCGUCAGCUCCCACCUGGACAAAGCCUCCAUCAUGAGGCUGGCCAUCAGCUUCCUGCGCACACACAAGGUGCUCAACACAGGCGGAAGCAGCAGCAGCAGCAGCAGCAGCAGAGACAGCGAGGAGGACGGACAGAUGGACAGUCUGUACCUGAAGUCUCUGGAGGGUUUCAUCACCGUGGUAACAUCCGACGGAGACAUGAUAUUCCUGUCGGAGAACAUCAACAAGUUCAUGGGGCUCACGCAGGUGGACCUCACUGGUCACAGCAUCUUUGACUUCACCCACCCAUGUGACCACGAGGAGAUCAGAGAGAACCUCAACCUGAAGACGUCUGGCAGCGGUUUCGGUAAGAAAGGCAAAGAUCUGAGCACUGAGAGAGACUUCUUCAUGAGGAUGAAAUGCACGGUGACCAACAGAGGACGAACCGUCAAUCUCAAGUCAGCCAGCUGGAAGGUGCUUCACUGCACCGGUCACCUGAAGAUCUACACCAGCUCUCCCCCCCGGGUGCUGUGUGGCUUCUCUGAGCCUCCGCUCACCUGCGCUGUCCUGAUGUGCGAACCCAUCGCUCACCCGUCCAACAUCGACAUGCCGCUGGACAGCAGGACCUUCCUGAGCAGACACAGCAUGGACAUGAAGUUCACCUACUGCGACGACAGGGUGACAGAGCUGAUGGGUUACACUCCUGAUGAUCUGAUUGGUCGCUCAGUCUACGACUUUUAUCACGCCCUGGACUCAGACGGCGUCACCAAGAGUCACCAUAACCUGUGCUCUAAGGGUCAGGCGGUCAGCGGUCAGUACCGAAUGCUGGCUAAAAACGGAGGCUACGUCUGGGUGGAGACGCAGGGAACUGUUAUUUACAACAGCCGCAAUUCCCAGCCACAGUGCAUCGUGUGCAUCAACUACGUCCUCAGCGACAUCGAGGAGAAGUCGAUGAUCUUCUCUCUGAAGCAGACAGAGUCUCUGUUUAAGCCGCGACACAAGAGCAGCUUCUUCACCGCGGGAGGUGCAGGGGUGAACGGAGAGCCUGGAGACUCCCCGUUCAAUAAACUGAAGGAGGAGCCGGAGGAGCUGGCACAGCUGGCCCCCACACCCGGAGACACCAUCAUCACCCUGGACUUUGAUCGCCCUGCGUUCCAGGAGCCUCAGCAGCCUGUAGGAUAUACCCAGGUGUCUGCUGCAGUUAUGCCCCCUCCUGGACCUCCUUCCUGGGCCAGCGAGAGCCACAAGCCUGCCCCCCCGGCACCACUUCCCAGAGAAAUGGCUAACAUGGCGAGACCGUUCACGGUGCAGCAGAACUCUCUGUCAGGCAGCGCCACCCCUAGCCUCAGCAGUUGCUCCACGCCCAGCAGUCCAGGUGAUUACUACUCCUCCCUGGAGAGUGACCUGAAGGUGGAGCUGACGGAGAAGCUGUUUGCUCUGGACACUAAGGGCAGCGACAGCCCUGCAAACACUGAGAGGGACCUGAGUGAUUUGGACCUGGAGACGUUGGCCCCGUACAUCCCGAUGGACGGCGAGGACUUCCAGCUGAACCCCAUCGUCCCCGAGUCGGAUUCCCUGGAGGGGGGGUCCAGCAGCAGCCUGCAGGCCACCAAGCCGAGCUUCGGCAACAUCGCCAUCCUCUUCCAGCCCCUGUCCUCCCCCCCUCACCCACCCGGUCACUUCCAGCAGCAGGCAGCGAUAUCCUGGGCCGCAGAGGGGAAGAGGGGCCCCUGCCAGGGGACCGUGGGCUCCAGCGGAGCAGAGUCUUUCAUGAUGGGCCACAUACAGAAUCCAACAUACCAGGCUCAGGCCAGCACCCCUCUGUCCUCCAUGGGGGGCAUGCAGAAUCUGCAGUGGCCCCCGGACCCUCUGUUAACCUAUCAACAUCAACAACGGGCCCCCAAGGCCUACCUGAGGGACUCUUUGUUAAGAGAGGAGAGGCCCUCCUGCCAGCAGAGCAUGCCUAACCUGAUGCAGAAACAGAGGUCUGUUGAUAACUUUGUCCAGGCCUACGGAGACAUGAGUCCAGCCAGAGUGACCAUGGCCAACAGCAUCAAGCGCUCCUUCAACCAGAUGUCUGUGGGUGAGGGUUCUCCGUCAGACUUCAUAUGGAAGAAGAUGAGGGCAGACAGCUGCUUCAACAUGGAUCGCUCCCUCAGUGCAGGCUCACUGGCAGCGUCAGAGAUGGAGAGGAUGAUGUCCGGCAGCAUGUCUUCACGUCUGCAGCAACACAGGAGGUCUCAGUCUCCAGGAAACGGGACAGGUGGAGCAAGUGAGAGACUCUUCUCCCAAAAGAGCUGCAACUACACACCGUACAACCUGCAGCCCUCCAGCAAGACCCGUGGGAUUGCGAGUCGUCUGCUGGGCUCUUCCUUCGAGGCGUGCUGCCUGCCGGAGUUGACCCGUUACGACUGUGAGGUGAACGUCCCUCUGCAGGGGAACCUGUACCUCCUCCAGGGCUGUGACCUGCUGAGAGCCCUGGACCAGGCCUCCUAGAGCCCCGGAUUAAAAAUAAAUCUACCAUAGACCCGGACUCACUCCCAGCCCCUAAGCCUAAACCAGCAGCCCAAGACUUCUUUCACCUCGGGGCCCCCUGAGAGCCCUGAGGCUAAGCUACCUACAGGGGACGGUAUUCAUUACCACACCCUGACUCAUUAAGCUUAUAGGGCUCACUCUGUCCCUCUAUAGUCCUGUACCAUCUAAAACAAGCUGCGAUAUCAGGGUCAAGCCCCUUACAUCAGGUGGAACACAAAGCAUUGAGCCACAUAGGCGACACAUAUGUGAUAUAACCUGGGUCACUCAAAUAUCAAGUAAGAGUAAAUGUGAUGCUCGCUCUGACACCCGAUGGUUCUAUGUGUUCAGAAACUCUGGUUCUUGGUGUAAAAUGGGUAUUCGUGGCAGGUCUGCACCAAACCCUAACCCUAAAAGCCACCAGCUGUUUCCUGUUCCUCAGCAAGACCCUGAUAUGAACUCUACGCAGCUCAUUUCCCUUCUCUUCACCUGCAUUUAGCUCAGAGGAGAAGUACUAUACUACCUAGACACUGUGCUCUUUCACUUUGUGUAUUUGACCAGCAAUUAGACAGAGCCGCCCCUCCCCCCUAGUCCCAGUCAAAGCCCCCAUCGAGAGUCUUGAACUGGUUCUUAAUGGUAGCAUUUUUCUUGAAAUGUGUAAUGAUAAUGUUACAAUGCAUGCUCUUUGAUUCUGCAGAAUCCCCGAAAAAAAGAGUUUUGAGAAAAGACACAACUUUUUUUUUGAUUGAAAUGAUUUCAUUCUUUAAUUAUAUUUGAAGUCUUUUUUAAUUUUCCAAAGAGAAACUGAGAAUUAGGAAGUAUAAGAAGACUAUAAAUGAGACCCAAACCUACAAAUACAUAGAGUAUCCAAGCGCUUCUGUUUGGGUUAAUUUAAAUAUGCAUUGUUAUUUAGGUUUUACAAUGAGUCUUUUUCUCUGCUGAUGAACCGAGAAGUUUCGUCAGAUUGACCGACAUUUGAAUCGACAAAAUACUGUUCAGUUUCUCCUCAUUUAUUACCUUCCAGAUUCCUUUAUUUGUUGGUGUCUCUCUCACAGACACACUAAUACACAUAUACUGCAAUACAUGUACUCUACUGUAAGUUGAAUAAUGUUAAGUUUUAUUUUUCUAUCUCCUCUUCUUAAAUCUAAAUCGAUCUAAACGUGUUUCAUUUUCCCCAGUCAGGUCAUGUGAUUACAGGGUUAUUGUUUUUCUUAUUGUGCAAUUACUUCACUGAGAGUAUAUAGUCAGCAUCAUAGCUUUUUCCUGUGCCUUUUUCACCAUUCUGAUAUCUGAAGACUAACACUAGUAUACAAGAAACAGUCAAUUUAAAAGGUGUGCACGGACUACCGUAGGGGCAGAGUCCUGCAUGCAAUUUCAAUGUUAGGCUUUAUUUCUUGUCCUUAACAGACCAUGAGUGUUUUAGGCGUAACAAUUAUAGUUUUGCUUGUUCCGUCACGUUAGUUCGACUCACCAAAAGCAUAUUUUUUCUUAAAGUUACACUAUCUGGAAUGCUGUCUGCUCUGCAUCACCUGAUUUAUUUAAUUUAAUUGAUAAAUCUAAAGAUAUUGCACACUGUAGAGCUGCAGCUUUGAAUUCAAGAAAUCUAACAAUAAAGUUAACAAUUUAUUUUAAUGUGUUUCCCAUUUUCUAAAAAUCUGAAUCAGUCCAAAAGCCAAAGAUAUUCAUUUCAAGUCUGCCUGGUAUGGUGGAACAAAACAAAGUCCCAAACAACAGCGAUAAGGCUGUGAUGUACAGAAUGUGGGAUGUGCUAAAAGUCAACGGCGUGCUACUUUAAGCUCCGCCCACCUUCCGGUGACAACAAAUAAUCGGCGCCAAGCAGAAAAUGAUAGCUCUAUCAUGCCUAAACGCUGCUUGAUUGUGGAUUGCCUAAGCCAUAUGUGUCUUCAGGCCAUCCAAGACCUUAGGAAUUGUAUUAACCUCCCAAAAUAACCCCAAAAAGGGGCGGGGCCAUGACGUCGUGGGAAAGUGCCGGAUGCACUUAUAGAUAAGAGCAGCUCUGCGUCACUACACGGCAAAAUGACGGCCUUGCCCACUUUCCGGUGCCAAGCAGAAACUGUCGUUUAUGGUGCCUUAAAGCUGUUGUGCAUUGCACUUUAAACAACAAACAUUUUUCCUUUACUCCCACUUAAAAGACAGUAAAGGUCAAUAGCAACCACUUCAUUACAGCUCAUUUAAGAUGCUCGUGAAGCUAACGUUGAAGUAGUGAGUGUAGAUGCUGCAUUGAAAUAUAAAGCACUGUUUCAGUGUUAGCCUGCUGCCUGAGAGACAUCGUUCCUGAUUGCUUUUUAAAGGCCAAUCAUCGGGCUCCUUGAUUAUUUAAAAAAAUGCACGAUAUCUUUACAUUUUUUGAUCAGAUUGGCAAAGACCUCAGAAUCUGUAUUAACCGCCCGUCAAAAGACAGACAAAUAUGUAACCCAAAAAGCGGCGUGGCCAUGCCAUAAUGGGAACGUUCUUGAGCCAAUCGCAGGGGUUAAUCCAAAAAAAGGCGUCCCAUUUCAAAUAAAAGCCAUUUUAGCUUUGAGGUGAAUUAGGGCAGUGGAGGUCGCUCCUUCAUCCCAUAAACUAGAUCACUCUGUCAUUGAGAGUAGUCAUGAGUUCAUAGCCUUAGUUUCAGUGAAGCCUUAAAAAAGUGACUUGAAAGUGUGUGUUUUAAACUUCAUGAUUAGGAAAAGGCCAGUUGUUCUUAUAGUUCACGACACAAAGUAGCUGCCAAUAUCAGAAAACGUUGAGAAAGUUCUCAUUGUGCAAACUAGAAGCUGAAAUGGUAUAUCCUUGAACAUGUAAUCCUCACAGUGAAAAGUCUCUCUGUCUCCUUUCAGUAUUUUAAUCUCGCUCUAUGUGUUUGGAGGGUAAUCGUCUUCUUGUGAUGACCACUUUAAGAGUAUGAAUUACAGAGCUUUGUUCACAUAUCUACGUUACGUAUUUAAAGAGACUAAACUAAUGUUGAAGAUAGUGUUUUUUAGUGUUUAUGUGUUCUGGUACUUUGUCCUUAUCUACCCGUGUAGAUGCAGGUGGAUCAGAUCCCUCACUGCUGUUUCCUCUCGUGCUGUUCCUGUGUUUGUGGCAUUUUGUUUCAUCCUCUAUCGCUCAAAUAUCUAUGGAAUCUGUUGGUUGGGCAGUUCUGUUUUUGUUCUUGCUUCAUUAAGACAUUUAAACAAAAAAAAAGUUCAGAUGAGUUUCACUUUUCAGAUAUGUAGCAUUUUGAAUAUUGUAAAGAGGGUGAAGUUGCUUUAUAAAUAAUCACAUAGUUGCAUAUAUAAAAAGCAAUGGUGCUUCAUUUACCACAUAUGUGUCAUUUUUAGGACCUGCAUUACAUAUCUUGGAUCCAGUAACACUAUAUUUUGAUGUUGUUUGUUGUGCUGAAAUGUUCUUUAAAGUGUUUAAUCCGUAUAAUGUGCCUUAUGGUUGUCUCGAAACACGCCCGGUUUGCCCUUCGAGCGCACAGUGUGUUCCCUUCAACCUGUAGAUAAGUUCCUCCUAUUCUUAACAUAUUUGGGAUGAAUUUCACCAUAACUCCCCUUAACUUACUUAAGCCCACAGCUCCUUUAUUCUAGUCAGAGAACAUCCAAUAAUAGCCACGUAUAGGUGCACGUAGAACCCUUUUAGAACCCGUUGUAGCUCCCCUGGUGAUGACGAGUCUAAAUUUGUGAAAGGUUUUCGAGGGAAUGGAUUCCCCAGCUCAUCGAAAGACCUCACAGUCUGUUCGAUGACGAAGCUGCUCGAGGGUUUUUCAGUUCAGUUGAUUAAAAAAAAGUUUGAGUGUAGUUUAAAAAGUUCUCCUAUGGAGGGUAAAGGGUCCAAAAAGUGCCCGGCAUGUUGAGAGUCCUGAACGACUCAAAUUGUAUUUUGAUAAUUGCGGAUCAGAGUGUCUUUAUUCCAUGGACUGGAUACAGCUUUUGAAGUGGGUAGUGGAGUGUUGCUUAAGCCCCGCCUCCCCCCAUUAAGCCCCGCCUCCUCAUAUUAAGCCCCGCCUCUCAUCUGCAGUCACUCCAAUUAAUUGAGGAAAAAACACGUAAGCUUUUAGCUCAUUUUACAACUUUUAGAGCCUUUUUAAAUAAGGGUUACAUAAGAGUUGUACUGGGUGGUUGAUUUGGCAAAAUGACGCCCCUUUCCCAAUGCAAGUCAAUGGGGGGGGGAAGUGUUUUGGACCCAAUGACAUCAUGGACUAGCACCUAAAUGUAGAACCGCCAUUUGGCCUCUAAGAAAAUGUGCUUAUACGUUCAGCGCGAGUGCUCGUUUAAUUCAUGUUUCGGGCGAUACAGGUUUGUAGUUACAGUCAUAUUAUUGUUUUUAAUUGCUGUGUGUGUUAAAGCAGGAUUAUCUGGAAGUUUAGGACUUCUGCAGCAAAACUACAGAUUCAAAUCCUAUCAUAACUUUAAAUAUUUGAUGAUCCAGGUUGUUAUUCUUUACUGUAAAGACGCCAGCUAAAGCACAUGGUGUUUAUUUGGACUGCAGUGGGUGUGGAAGCAGCUUGAACAGUUUUAGGAGGUAUGAUAAAGAUUGAUGUUGAGUUGAGUGACAGAGAUCCUGCUCAGCCUGCCCACUGACGCAUACCUCUCAAUCCUCCACUCAACAUGCAACUCGUCAGCUUCCACCCUCACUCCUCUUUUUCCUCCUGAUAUGUCAGCAAUUACUUUAUAUAAGAGCACGUGUUACACCUGAAAGCAGUAUGACUUCUUGUAGGAUUGUGUAAAGCAAGGCUGAUCAAAUGAUUUCCAGAAGAGAUUUUAGGACGAUGUCAAAUGAAAGACCUCGAUGAUGAGAUUUGAACUAAAUUGGGUUAAGGUAUGUGGAAAUAGUUGGUUAGAUGGAAGUUGAUUUACAAAUUUAAAUUCUAAGUCCCACCCCCUUUUGAGGCUAGCAUCUGCUCCAAUAGGUUGAAAGUGUAGUCCAAAUGAACAUGCUUAGUCAUUUUGACCAAGAUAAACUGUACUUAGCAUGUAAACACCUUGUUUCUCUAGCAUUUUCUUAGGAAAAGUAGUUUUUGUAUCUUCCUCUUUGCUCAAUUGAAGAAAGGUAACACCUUUACCUCUCAAUUGCCACAUAGUACUUUAAUGUUUCUUAAAAUAAAGACCGUUAAGCAUAGGGAAAGGUGUAGUUAUUGAGAAGACCUGAAUAAAAACAACAAAAGCUCAUUUCGGCUAUUAGCACAGAUGCUAGUCAAAAAAUGGGCGAGGUUUCAACGCAGAGGGGAAAUCCCGCCCCCAUUUGUAGCUAGCUUCUGCUCCAAUAGAAGUAGACUAUAUUUGUCAGUGUAUAUUAAUGUUUCUUUACCUAAGGAGAGGAACAGGUGGACAGAGAAACUGAAUAAAGACGCCUCUCUGAGCGAUAAAGCUAAUUCUUGUAGCACAGAUGCUAACCAAAAAUGGGCUUCAGAUCAGAGGGGAAGUCCCGCCCCCAUUUGAAUGCUAGCUUCUGCUCCACUAGAUUCUACGAGAAAUAUGUACCAGUGUGUGCUAGUGUUUCUUAAAAUAUAGAUACUUAACGAUGGGAACAGGUGGUCAGAGAAACUGAAUAGAGACAUCUCUCUGAGCUAAAAAGCUAAUGCUAGUAGCACAGAUGCUAACCAAAAAUGGGCGCCGCUUCAGCUCUUUCAACACUAGAAAGCUUCUCACCAGUCGUCGUGCCAAACACGCUGUGCUGCUCGAAGGAUUUCCAAUCUAAAAAAAUACGUAAUGUUUCGGGAGUUAAUACCCAUAAUUCAUUGCACUUCCUCUCGACGAGAAAGUAUCAGCAUGUCUGUCUUUUGUCUCGUGUGGCAGCAGGGUUUUGUUUUUCCUCGUGGGAUCCGUGUUCAGCUACUCUGUUCUUAUCCUCGUCAUACAGUGCAGUUAUAUGAGCUGAUUCUGCAUUUUCUACGUGUUAAAAAUUCAUAUUGACUUUAUUAUCAUAUUAUCAUUGUUAUCAUAUAGGGCGUUCAUCCCAGUAAGAAGUUUGUGUUUCUGCACUGAUAUCUUAUUAAAGCAUACUGAUCUUACCCUUCUU